GAUUAGUGUAAUGCAAUGUUGGUGAGCAGUGCAAGUUUAACUCAUCCCUUGCGGAUACGGUGCCUAGUUCGUAUACAAUCAUUCAAAAAUAUUGAAUUUGGUCUCGGUCGUCAAAGUAGCCGCUGCUAUAAUUCUGUCCCGUCAUCGUCGUCGAAAGUGGUGUCUCCGUGGCGACUGUCGUCGUGGGUGCUUUUGCGUGCGAGGAACUCGAUUUUGGAGCGCAGUCGCAGUCGCUACCUAAGGACCAGUGCAGCCUGCUGUUUCGAGAAGUUGUUGCAACCGGACUGUAACGCCGGCAUAUCGAAGGAUCACCUGAAUAAGCACAGUCCAGCUUGGUCAAGCCAACACCACGGCACAGUGAUAAAGUCCUGGUCCGGCUUUUGCACCAUAUCAAAGAGUGCCACGCCGCCGGCUGAGUGUGUGAGUGACGACGACGGCUUGUCAGCUCGAGAUAAAAGUGGUGUGCAGCAUCGGCUCGCGUCAUCUCGUGGCGGUGAUAGCAGUGACGGAAGAGCUGUCAACGAAGACGACAGGACCCACGGAACAGCCGCCACCGCCGACCUCCAGCAUCCGCUCAGCAGCAGCAUGUCAUCGUCCAAGCCGGCCUUCCAGCGACUGCCGACCAACGUCGUGCCCGAGCACUACGAGCUGCGGCUGAAGCCGAACCUGACGGCGUUCACGUUCGAGGGCAGCACCGUGGUCCAGAUCCGGGUAAAAUCGCCCACCGAUCGUAUCACGUUGAACGCGCUCGAUCUGACCAUCAGCAAGGCGACGGUAGCGUUCGGGGAGGAAACGACCAGGACGACGCUCACGGCCAGCGAAACGCAGUUCUGUGCCGACCAGGAGACAGCAUGCUUCGUCUUCCCGGCAGAGAUUCCGGCGGGUGCGGCCACACUGGAGGUCGCGUUCACCGGCGAGCUGAACGACAAAAUGAAGGGCUUCUACCGGAGCAAGUACUUCACGUCGACAGGGGAGGAACGGUUCGCGGGGGUGACGCAGUUUGAGGCUACGGAUGCACGGCGAUGCUUUCCUUGUUGGGACGAACCGGCGAUUAAGGCCACUUUUGACAUCACGCUGGAGGUGCCGCAGGAUCGCGUGGCACUGUCCAACAUGCCUGUGGUGAGGGAACGUGGCCACGAUGGGCUGAAGGAGCUCAAGUUUGACCGGACGCCGAUCAUGUCCACGUACUUGGUGGCGGUUGUGGUUGGGGAGUUUGACUACGUCGAGGGUAAAUCCAAGGACGGCGUGCUGGUGCGCGUGUACACUCCCAUCGGCAAGAAGGGGCAGGGAAGUUUCGCGCUGGACGUGGCCAUCGAUGUGCUGCAUUACUACAAUGCGUACUUUGAGAUCGCGUACCCGUUGCCAAAAAUGGACCUGGUGGCCAUCUCGGACUUUUCGGCCGGUGCUAUGGAAAACUGGGGCCUGAUCACGUACCGUGAAACGUUUGUCCUGGUUGACACUGAGAAUACAUCACUGAUCCGGAAGCAGUCGAUCGCAUUGACCGUGGCGCACGAAAUCGCUCACCAAUGGUUUGGAAAUCUAGUCACUAUGGAGUGGUGGACUCAUCUGUGGCUCAACGAAGGGUACGCUUCGUUUGCGGAGUUCCUCUGCGUCAACCAUCUGUUCCCCAGCUACUCCAUCUGGAAUCAGUUUAUCACCGACAUGUACACCCGUGCCUUAGAAUUGGACUGCCUUAAAAAUUCCCAUCCCAUCGAAGUUCCCGUCGGACAUCCGGCUGAAGUUGACGAAAUCUUCGAUGAGAUCAGCUACAACAAGGGGGCCAGCGUCAUUCGGAUGUUGUACCACUACCUCGGUGACGCUGACUUCAAGAAGGGAAUGCACCUCUAUCUGACUCGCCACAAGUACAAAAAUACCUGUACCGAAGAUCUGUGGGCAGCGUUUGAGGAAACGAGCAGCCGACCAGUGGGCGACAUCAUGCCCACGUGGAUCAAACAGAUGGGCUUCCCCGUCGUCAAAAUCCUUUCCUCCGAACAAAAGGGCAACGCGCGAGUGCUGAAGCUGCAUCAGGAGAAAUUCUGCGCCGAUGGAUGUCAACCGGAGAAACAGUCCCUGUGGAUGAUCCCGAUUAUCGUAUCCACCCCGAAGGCCACCGACGCGCACAAAUUCAUCAUGGACAAGGAGACGGUUGAGGUGACGAUCGACGGCGUGGAAGCGGACGAGUGGGUCAAGCUCAAUCCGGCCUCCAUCGGGUACUACCGAACGCAGUACACGGCCGCCAUGCUGGACCAGUUCAUUCCGGAGAUCAGCUGCAACAAAAUGCACGCCCUGGAUCGGCUCGGCCUUCUGGACGACCUGUUUGCGCUGGUGCAAGCCGGAAGAAGCUCAACGGUUGAUGCCCUCAAGGUGAUGGACGCGUGCCGCGGCGAGUGCGACUACACCGUCUGGUCGUCAAUUUCCAACUUCCUGUCAAAGCUGCAACUGCUGCUGGCCAACUCGCCCGUCGAGCAACAGCUGAACCAGUACGGUGUGCGCCUCUACCGAACCGUGGCGGAAAAGCUCGGUUGGGCCGUGAAACCCGACGAGAAUCACCUGGACACGCUGCUGCGCCCGCUGAUUCUGAGCCGGCUGGUUUCGUUCCGCUGCCCGGAAACUCUCGCCGAGGCCAGGAAAAGGUUCCACGAGCACGCCAAGGGAACGUGCGUGCUGCCGGCUGACCUGCGAAGCACCUGCUACAAGGCCGUCCUACAAAACGGCGAUCAGGCCACGUUCGACGAGAUGUUGCGUCUGUACCGCGCGACGGACCUGCACGAGGAAAAGGACCGAAUUUCGCGCGCGCUCGGCUGCAUCAACAACGUGGACAUUCUGCGCAAGGUGAUUGAUUUCGCCAUGUCCGACGAAGUGCGCUCCCAGGACGCGGUGUUUGUGAUCGUGUCGGUCGCGAUUAACCCCAGGGGACGCGACAUGACCUGGAGCUACUUCAAAGAGAACUGGAAAGUGCUGCUGGAUCGGUACGAGGGUGGCUUCCUGCUGUCCCGGUUGAUCAAAUAUCUGACGGAGAACUUUUCCACUGAGGAACGCGCGCUGGAAGUUGAACAGUUUUUCAAAGAGCAUGAAUUCCCCGGAACCGAACGCACCGUGUCGCAAUCCAUCGAAACCAUUCGGCUGAACGUGCAGUGGCUGAAGCGUGACUUGGAAGGAAUAUCUGCGUACUUGAAGGAGUGAAUAACUUCCCCCGGACAUCACAUAUUCUUCACCUUCUACCGCAUUGAAAUCGCAUUUUCCCAAAAAAAACCUUUCCACCCUUUGCAUGAAACCUGGAUUAAUUUGCAUGCCUUUUUAACUGCCCCAAUCAUCUUUUCUCAAAUCUGUCUGCUUUCCCGAAGAAAAAAACAUGUUACAAAAAUCCUACUGUCUUGAAAAGAUUUCAUCCGAGAUGAAAGCCAAAGCUAGGCGAAAUUGCAGUGCCAGUAGAUUAUAAUAAAACCCAACCAGGAGGGAUACAAAACAUUACACACAACAAAAAUAAAAA